AUGGCCUUAUGCAUAGCUUUCCUCUUGUACAUCUGGACUCCCUUUCUCCAAGCUGCAAAUGAAGUCUCUCGACCUUGUGUUUUUCCUUUCAUUUUUGAGGGCAAAUUAUACUCAACAUGCACUACGAAUGGUACCAGGAAGAAUCAGCCAUGGUGCUCUGUCACCAGUAACUAUGACAAACAUCGCCGAUGGAAACCAUGUACUCUGACUGAAUAUGGAGGCAAUUCUGGUGGAAAGCCAUGUGUUUUUCCCUUUCUCUACCAGCGCCGUACUUAUUACACAUGCACUAGGAAAUUUUCUAAAGGCCGGUUUUGGUGUUCCACAACAGGGAACUACGACAUAAACAGGAAGUGGAGUUACUGUGCUGAUAACAGACUAGAGGAGAGCUACCCUACUCAGCCCUGUUUCUUCCCAUUCAUGUACAGAAACAAGUUAUAUACAUCUUGUACAACUGCUGGGAGGACUGAUGGGAAGCUCUGGUGCUCUGUCAACAGAAACUAUGAUAUGAGACCCUCAGCAGUAUUUUGUGAGCCCACAGAAAAAUCCCCCUGCAGUUUCCCCUUCAUGUUCAAGAACACAUCCUAUUCUUCGUGCACUAAAGACGGGUCAAUAGAUGGGCAGCUGUGGUGUGCCACAACCUCAGACUAUGAAAAGGACAGCAAAUGGAGAGCGUGUGCAACUGAAGAGUAUGGAGGAAAUUCCAAUGGUGCCCCCUGUUUCUUCCCCUUUACCUACAAAAAUCAGAAACACAGUAGUUGUACGAAUGAGGAUGAACAGCAUGGGAGAUAUUGGUGUGCAACAACAGAGAACUAUGAUGUGGACUUCAAAUUCAGCUUCUGUGCUGACACAAAACUUGAAAAUGUGGAGCCUCUGGAGACAGGAAAUCAUAACCCUCCUAAUAAGCUGUGUGUCUUUCCAUUCAUCUAUGGAGGCAAGUCUUACUCAACUUGUACAACUGAUGGUUUUAACUCCCAGACUGGCUGGUGUUCUCUCACAGAUGAUUUUGACAGAGAUCAGAAAUGGAAAUACUGCACAGCUUCAGAUUAUACAGACCAAUAA